CAGCUUUCACAAACCUUUUACCUUCAGCACUCGCAACCCACAAUGGAUGGCCUUAGCGGCGCGGCCAGCGUUAUCGCAGUCGUUCAAAUUGCAGGAUCCAUCUGCACCCUCCUCAAAGACUACUAUCAGGGUGUUCGUGAUGCCCGCGGCGAAAUCGAAACUCUCUACAAGGCUGUCAGAGCUUUGAAUAUCAUUCUCAAAGAACUCCAAACCCUCAUCAAUGCCAAAACUAUCGCCGAACCACAGGAUCUACUGAAGGACUGCAGAGCUGAUUUGGUAUCACUCGAGAACAAAAUUAGUCCAGCCGCUGGGGAACAGAAAACCCGAUUGCGACUCAAAAAAUAUCUGAAAUGGCCACUCAAAAGACAGGAGGCGGAAAAAAAGGUUGAAACAAUAGAACAUCACAAGUCAAGCAUUGUUACGUGGCUCGGCGUGGAAAACCUGACAAACCAGCUACAGCAGUUGGAUAUUCUUGAAGACAUCAGACAAGAUAUCAGGAGUGCCGAGGAAGAAGGAGAAAGAAGACGGGUAAUCAAUUGGCUCGGCGAUUCCAACCCCUCCAAAGAGCUAAAUCAAGCAUUGAGGAAGAAGCAAGAAGGCAAAGGUACUGGAGCUUGGCUCGUAUCAUCGGAUGAUUUUGAGAAAUGGAUGAUUACUCCUAACGCAGGCUAUUGGCUCAAUGGGAAUGCUGGUUGCGGGAAGACAAUCUUGAGCUCGACUGUUGUGCAGACAAUCCGAGACCAUUGCAGAGGCAAUCCACUGAAAGCUGUUGUCUUCUGGUACUUCACAUUUACAGAUCAAAAGAAACAGAAUGUAUCGGCUUUUCUCUCUUCAAGUAUCGCGCAGAUCAUCGCCCAUCGGAGAGAGAUACCUACAGAGAUCCAGGAUGCCUACGAUACCUGCAGCCAGGGAACGAUGAGUCCAGACGUUGAUUUAUUAUUAGAACUUCUUCGUUCAGUACUUCCGGGAUUUGAUGAUAUAUACAUUCUUGUUGAUGCCCUCGAUGAAUGUCCAAAGCUGGACGGAUCCAGGGCAGACCUGUUGAGCACAUUAGCAAAAAUCAUCUCCUGGCAAGAGCGCUCACUACAUCUGUUUAUUACAAGCCGCAAAGAGAGUGACAUCGAAGGAGCACUUGUUCCAUCUCUCAAAGAUAUGACAUCCUUUUGGAUCAAAUCACUUCAACCGGACGAUAUCACAGAGGACGUGGAGCUUUUUGUAAACCAGGCACUGGAAGAGUGGAUUUUCAGAAGGUGGUCAGCGGAUUUCAAAUCCGAAGUAAAACAGACCUUAUCUACCAGGACUCAGGGAUCGUAAAUUCCCCUCUCGUACAUAGCUAAUUCUCACUGUGUUGACGCUAUGAUGAAGGUUCCGACUUGUUGCGUUGCAAAUGGAAGAGCUCCGGCGCAAAGCGAUGAUGCCAAAAUCAAGGAUCAAAAAGCUGCUUGAAAAAAUUCCGGAAAGCCUGGAUGAAUUUUACGACCGAAUAUUAGGGGAGAUCGAUCCCGAUUUUGUGCAACAGGCAAUUAUUGCUUUCCAAUGGCUCGCAUUUUCCGCUCGGCCGUUAA